GCUGGUUCCUCUGCGGCUACCGCCAGUGCUGCCGCUUGCAUAUGAGGUACCUACCUAGGGCACAGUUUCUUUUUUGGCAACUCGGCUCUCUCUACCUCACAGGUCCAUGUUACGUUAGGUACUUACAUGCUAUGGAGAUCAGAACCUCAACCGCCGGUCAUUCCAAACAACAUAUCGCACGUAACCCCAUAGCGUCGGCAUGCAAUGUACGUAGGUGUAGAUCCGCGGUCGGCCAAACAACCAUCUGCCGCCUACUGGGGUCUAUUCGGUCGUCCGUGCACCUGGAGGAUAUCUUGGCAUGACGAAGACGAACGAACACAACGCUGGCCUAGGCGUCUUCUCUCUUGCCCCACCUCCAAGCCUUACAAUUGCGAGAAUCGGGCCUGCGAUUCCUCUGCGUGCCCUUCCCACCUACAGCUCGAUUUGCUGCCGUGGCUGGGUCGGUAGAGGGACACCGGAGCACGGAGAAAGUUGGCCCCCCUAACCCCCUUGCUAGGAGGUAGGCAUAGGUAUCGGUGUAUAGUAAGUAGCAUGAUCGGAACCAAACAUUGAAUCGAAACGGUGGAUGAACGAAAGGCUUCCAACUACAUCAUACCUUAGGUACCUCGAUAGGUACCUACCUGUGUAAGUACCUACCUAGGGUAAUGCUUUCGACAUGGAAACGUCAAUGGCAACGGCAAAUGCAUAUCGCAGCAGACGCUCCGACUCAGCAUCGAUACGGUACCUCUUUGCCCGGCGUCUUUCUCUGCGACUGUGCAAGUUGCUCCUUGACGUCAUCUCCAGUCUGCUCACACUCCUAGACUAGCUCUGACAUCAUAGAGAGCGAGAAAGCAAGCCGUCCAUAGCAGCGUCUCCGUCCGCCACCUCGAAAUACCUAUAUCAAUAUAUAUCCUC